UCUCUCUCUCUCUCUCUCUCCCUCUCUCUCUCUCUUGCUCCUCCCUCUAGGAUAUUUAGCCUUUGGUCAUAGGGAAGUUUCAUCAGCUCCACAGAGAUACACUGGACCAGCACUUUAAACUAACAACGCACACACAGCCAACAGAGCAGCAGGAUGCCUCUCGGAGGGGGAAACAAAUGUGGCUGCUGCAAGAAGGCGGUGUACUUUGCUGAGGAGAUGCAGUGUGAGGGACAGAGCUUCCACAAGUCCUGCUUUCUGUGCAUGGCCUGUAAGAAGAACCUGGACAGCACUACAGUAGCCGUCCAUGAGGACGAGAUCUACUGCAAGUCCUGCUACGGCAAGAAGUAUGGGCCAAAAGGCUACGGGUUCGGUGGAGGAGCAGGGACGCUAAGCAUGGACACCGGUUCACACCUGGGCAUCAAACCAGAAGGGACCUCCAACCGUCCCACGAGCACCAACCCCAACGCCGCCAAGUUUGCCCCGAAGGGCUCGGACAUGUGUCCUCGCUGUGGGAAGGCCGUGUACGCAGCAGAGAAGGUCGUGGGUGGAGGAAACUCCUGGCACAAGAGCUGUUUCAGAUGUGCCAAAUGUGGCAAGGGGUUAGAGUCCACAACCCUGGCGGACAAAGAUGGAGAAAUCUACUGCAAAGCGUGCUACGCCAAGAAUUUUGGGCCUAAAGGAUUUGGAUUUGGCCAGGGAGCCGGAGCGUUGGCACAUGCCUAGUGAAGUCUGUGCCAGGCGGGCGGACUGCGGGCGGUCGGGCGGGCCGACUGGCAGACGGGCGAUGCCCACCGCACCACAGGGGUUCCCCAGGGUCCCCCACCCACACAGCUCUCAUGUUCCUGUGGAUGAAGAAAGAUUUGUGCCUGUGUUUAUGUGCAUGUGUAUUGUAUGUGUGUGCAUGAUACUUUGUUUCCCUGUUUACACACGCACACACACACACACACACACACACACACACACACACACACACACACACACACACACACACACACACACACACACACACACACACACACACACACACACACACACAUACACACACACACACACACACACACACACGCACACACACAAACCCACACAAACACUAUCUCUCCCAGCACUUUGCCAAGAACUAUAUGAAUCAGGCCUGGUUUACACAUCUGAUAAUGUAUCUGGAUGUGUAAACUAACAAACUUUGACACCGUUUUUCUCAUGGAAGGACAGUCCAUAGCUUUACUGUACUCGGUUCAUUACCAGUAUGCCAAUUGUAAUAAUAUCAGCCUUCUGUAAUGAGAUAAGAAAAACAAUUUGCUUAUAUUCCUAUAGGGUAUUGUGAUUUCACUGCACUAGUCAUAUGAUUCAUGCCUAAAGAAAGUUAGCAAGCUGUAGCUUCAUACUAGCGAUAAGCUCACCUAGCAGUGCACCAUAUUAGUUUACCAAGCUAGCAUAGUGCUGUUUCCAACCUCAGCUGACGCGUUUUAUCAUUGGUAAUUUGACUCCCUUAUCCUGGUGUGUUUCAGAUAAGCCAAGCCAGUCUAGCCUUUUUUGGUUGAGCUUGUCUAGCUCUUGACCUAUCGCUCUGCCUGUGUGCUUGUCCAGAAAGAGCCCUUUGUGAGGCAGACUAGUGUUUACUUUGCUCAGCUGCCAUCACUCAGUCCAUGGCUGGAUUGGCCAUAACAUAUACAGGGCAUUUGCCCGGUGGACUGUUGAUGAUUUUGGCCCGGUCCUCCCCACAAUGUAGUGGUGUCAGUGGUCAUACCGCUACAGCUGUCCUCUCAGAGACGGAUUUGAAUAUUCAUUUUGGCUGUUGUGGUCUGAAUAGCUCACAAGAGAUGACUAAAACCGUUGUCACAGGCUUCAUUGUCUCUGUCAAGGCCUGGCGGACCGGUCAUGGCUGAAAAUGCCAAAGCCGGAUUUUUUGUCCAAGUCCAGCCCUGACUCAGUCCAUUAGUGCGUAAGUACACAAAUGGGUCAAAGACGUCCAACUUGACACUGCCCUUCAGUGCUAACAGAUGCCUUUGCAACUGUGAAAAUCAUGAAAUUUCAAAACAUUUUUUUGAAAAGUGAAUGCAUGAAAGCCAAGCCAAAAAAAAAAAUAAAAAAAAAAUUGCAUUUACAGUAAGCAAAAGUAUCCGUUGCACUGAAGGACAUGUUGGACGUCUUUGACCCAAACGCGCCAUGCUUUACAUUGAAGGACACAUGAGGCCUAGAGGAGUAGCCAAUAGAGCACUUAAAAACACCCAAGUACCUUCAGGCGCUUUUAACACAGUAGGCUUAACAUUACACCUCCAUUACAGCUCCAUCCAAUAAUGAGACAUAAGGGAAGACAUGUGGCGGGCACAAUAAAAAGAGCUAACAUUUCUGCAAACACUAUUGUCAUUAUUAUGUUAUUGUUGCUUAAUAACUUGUCAUUCUGUGCUUGUUUUGGUGUGUGAUUGUUGUUCACUUUGAGAUCAGUGAUAUAAAAUGCAUCUUGUCACUCUGAGGCUGCCCGAGGUCAUCAUUGUUUUCUGCACGACCCAAAACAAAAACCGAGCCCAGCGGCGCUCCACAGGCUCCAGUCCUCACACAGUCCUCUCACAAACACACUGG